AUGUCGAUCACCUUGAGACUUUCAAGAUGGCGAUACUCCUCUAUGGAGCACCGAUCCCAUCUUUUGUCGAGCCUUUCCCUCAAUUUUAAAGGGAGCGGUCCGACACUAGUAUUUCAGUUUGAAGCCGAUCUCGAUCCAUUUCUUCAAGCAGCUAAACCAAUCUUUUAUCAAUCAUUUUUUAGUAGCCGACGUCAGCAGAAGUGGUCCGACUACCUCUACACUGUAAAGCAGAAGGAGGAUGAGUCGAUCCGAGUUUUUGUCAGUCGCUUCAAUGUGGCUAUUCUGAAAGUUUGUGAUCUGGACCAAUCGGUUGUGAUAUCCACGAUGAUAAGUGGACUCCUGAAGAAUGACCUUAAGAGGUCACUAGUGAAGACCUAUCCUCAAAACUACCCUAAUAUGCUGAUUCGAGUGGAGAAGUACGCCUACAUGGAGGAGAUUUUCAUCAAGGAUGAAGCCCCUACUAAUCCCAUCAGAGGGGGAAAUUUGGAUAAGUUCAAGAGUCCAAUAAGAUUGAACUACCUCCCUUGCACCACUCUCCUCUCCUCACACCAAUUCUCAUCGCACAAAUUCAAUUUCUAUAUGAGAAAACCAAGUGAGCUGCCACUGGUUGGAAAUCUGGAGCCAGAUUUUGAGGCCGAAGCAGUCUUUGAUCAGGAGUUCAUCAAGGUGAAACUCUCUGAUUAUAUUGGGAAGAAGUAUGUGAUUUUGAUUUUCUAUCUGCUGGAUUUUACAUUUGUUUGCCCCACAGAGAUAACUGCUUUCAGUGAUUGUUACUCAAAAUUUGAGAAGUUGAAUACAGAAAUUUUGGGUGUUUACAGUGCGUUCUCCCAUCUUGCCUGGGUUCAAACAGAUAGGAAGUCAGGGGGAUUUGGUGAUCUGAAGUAUCCGUUGAUAUCUGAUGAGUCAAUUUCAAAAUCUUAUGGAGUGUUGAUUCCUGAUCAGGGCAUUGCAUUGCGAGGACUAUUCGUCAUUGACAAGGAAGGAGUGAUUCAGCAUUCUACCAUUAAUAACCUUGCAAUUGGAUGGAGUGUUGAUGAAACCAUGAGGACCCUUCAGGUAAAACAAGAGAAGAAAAUUCAGAGCUCUCGUUCUGCUUUAUAA